CGCGAGAUGGGGCCCAAGCCGAUGCCGCCAGCGAAGUCCAAGCAACUGUCCCCGUCCAAAGCAGCUGCAACCACAAAUACAGGCUCCAUUAGUAAAUCCCCCCCUUCCAAAGGCAAACAGCCUGACAUGAAGUCGGAAACUCUUCCAAAGAUCACGACCCCCAAGGCGGCCAGCCCCACCAAACAACCCACACCCAAAGCCUCGGACACGAAUGCCUCGACUGCUCAAAAGAUGCCAAGCAUCGACACUCGACCUAUAUCUGUCCAAAAACUCACUGAAGUGGCCGACACUAGUAUAGCUCCAACUGACGUAGCUGAAAUCAGCGUCGUCAACACGGAAGAAGCAUCCUCCUCCAACGCUGCUGCCGGCGAAGUGGCAGUAGUGGCUGCACAAACAGCAGAAGCGCUGGAGGCCACCGAGCAGGACCAUGGGGAAGGUGAAGCAGCAGCGCUGGCCAGGCGGCAGCAUGGCCGCGUCGUGCUAAAGUACGAAAUGUACAGCGAACAGUUUGACAUUGCACAGGGAAGCACCACGGCCGCCGUCGUUGACGACGCGUAUUGCUUGAGUUUUGUGAUGCCCCAAUGUCGCAUCCACCUCUCAGAAUGGGACCCCCCCACGAAGGUCGAAAAGGAAGGCCACGUAGACGUGUUUGUGCGAGAAGACCCCGUCGGAACGUACCACGGACUCGAAGCAGACAGGACGUACUAUGUCUACAUUGAGCAGGAAGCCGACCAGUUGGCGCGAGAUCAAGCGGCGAUGCGGGCCACUGCCGCCACGAUGGAAGGUGCGGCGUCGAUGACCAAGGCUGACAAGAAGGACGACGAUGGGCGGGGGUUCGAGAGCUGCAGUUGCGUCGAAGGCAAUCCUUGUGUGGACGAGUACGGAUGCAAAGAUUGGCACAAUCGGUAUGCGAUUGCCAUGAAAAAUGGCUGGAAAGGCUUCUGACGACAAUAAUAUGAAGUUGUUUGGAGGUCUCUUUACU